AUGUCUACGUCUCAACAGCCGCCUGAGAAUCAAACCUUCCGCCUCCUUGCCGUGGACGGUGGCGGUGUGAAAGGCCUCACUUCCUUACUGAUCCUUCGUCGGUUGAUGUUGCAGCUGAAGAGGGAUGUUACAGAUCCGGAUGAACCUAUACCACGGCCAUGCGACGUCUUCGACCUCAUCGGGGGCACUUCGACAGGAGGCCUUAUCGCCAUCAUGCUCGGUCGGUUAGGCAUGACCGUUGACGAGUGUAUAGAAACAUACAAGAAAUUUGGCAAGACGGUGUUUGGCAAAAAGAAGGCAUUUGGCAUAGGAAGGACAAUGUUCAGUGGGAGCAUGUACGAGACCAAGGAUCUUCAGACUGCUAUCAAAAUGUUGGUAGCAGAACGUCUUAAACAAGAAAGGGCCCCCUUCAGAGCAGAUACAGAUAAUACGAGGGCUGCGAACACGAUUACUGCUCCUCGAGGAGAUCAGGCCGUACAGGCACCUUCCUCGUCGUCCGGAGAAGCGGCUCAGGAUCCAGAGGAUGCCCCGCUCAAUGAUACUCGCGCUGACUUAUCAAGGUUUGUUUGCGCAACACGAAACAAGACCUUCAAUUACGAACUCAUCCGAAAUUAUACUAGUGGAAAGCCGGACCAGGUUGACUACGACUGCACAAUUUGGGAGGCUGGAUCUGCGACUGCCGCUACUCCUAUGUUUUUUGGUCCUGUCACAUUCCAAAAGUCGAAAGCAAAGUUCUCCGACGGGGGUGCCACAAUCAAUUGUUCUCUUCCUGAAGUUGUCAAUGAAGCUAGGCGUUUGUGGAACAGCCCGCAGUUUGCAUGUAUUGUUAGCCUUGGAACAGGAUGGCCUGCUAACUCGAAGGUCAAAUCGGGGCUGCUGGGUUUCCUAGGUCAGACUGUCAAAGUUCUCACUGAUGCUCAGAAGAAGUAUGAAGACUGGGUACGUGGCAAUCGAGAAGACCUCAAUAUCAAGGACCGUUACUUUAGAUUCAAUGUUGAGCAGGGGAUGGGCCAGCUCAAAUUGGAUGAAUGGGCAGAGACGGAGGAAAUGACAGCGCUGACAGAUUCCUACCUCGGCCAAGAUAAGCAAAUGAAUGAGGUCGAGCGCUGCGUGAAACUGCUGCGGACCACCGAUGCUGUAAAUGAAAGCGCACAAAUUGCUGUGUGCGAAAGUCGACAGCGGAGAAUCUUGAAGCAACUUCGUUUUCGCAAAAUACACGCCCGUCACGAAGAGAUAAGACUGGCCCAUCGAGAAACUUUCGACUGGCUUUUUCACGAAAUACAGCCAGUGGAGAUGUCUUGGACAAACUUCAUGGAAUGGUUGCAAAAUGACAACAGCAUAUAUUGGAUCAAUGGGAAAUCCGGAUCCGGCAAAUCAACUCUCAUGAAAUUCAUCAGCGAUGACUCACGACUCAUGAAAGCGCUGAGGAGAUCUUCCUGGGCCGAUGGUCGCCCGGUCAUCAAAGCGUCCUUCUAUUUUUGGUACAAUGGAACAUCGAUGCAAAAAAGCCGGAAAGAACUUAUGCAAUCCCUCUUACUCCAACUAUUGGAGCUCCAGCCGCAUCUGAUAUCUAUUAUAUUCCACGAAGUUUUCGCAUUUUCAGAUAACGAUUUCGAUUUCGAGAAGUUUUCUACCGAAGCGGAAUUGAUGCUGGCUCUCCAAAAAAAUCCUGGAUCAGCCCGAACGGACAUCAAAUCUCAUCUUUCUGAUUGA